AUGGUAAAUGCCACCAAGACAAGUCAUGAGAUUGCUUGGAAACCUUCUAGAGAGGGAUGGAUUCAGGUCCAAUCAGAUGGAUCUGUCCUUCAACCUUCUGGAAGUGCUGCUGCAGGUGGGCUGCUGAGAGAUCACCUUGGAAGAUGUAUGGGGGCGUUUACUUGCAAUCUCGGGAAGUGUUCUAUCACCAGGGCGGAGCUGAAGGGUGCAGCAGAGGGUCUGGAACUUGCUUGGAAGCUUGGCUACAGAAAUGCUGAGCUGAAUGUGGACUCUAGAACAGCGUUGGAUAUCAUCAAAAACAGAGAUCAUACUGAUCACUGUCACGGGCUGCUUGCAAAGCAGUUUAGUAGCUUACUUUUGAGGGAGUGGACUGUUGAAUUCAAUCAUGUUUAUCGUGAAUGUAAUUUUGCAGCUGACUUCUUAGCUACUAAGGGUCAUUGUUCUCCUUUUGGCACACAUCUAUUCGAUGUGAGCGACCCGAACUUCUGUUAUUGGUUGUACCACGAUUCUAUGGGAAUUUCCAGGAAUCGUUUGAUUAAUGAUAUGAUAUAG